UUUUAUGAUUAUAGCGCUUAGUUUUAAAUCCAACUGAUACUAACUUGACCUCGGCUCUCGGCUUUGGCUUCGUUUACUGAAUUUCUAACUUGACUUCUGGGCUGAGCAUUGACUUGACCUCUGAUUUGACCUCUGAUUUGACCUCUGAUUUGACCUCUGAGUUGACCUCUGAAUUGACCUCUGCCUCGAAAUCUGACCUGGAAUGGUAGCGGAGCAUAAUGAGAAGCAGGACAGUCCCCUGUGGAAAGCGCAGAAAAAAGAGUGCAGAAGGAGGGGCAGGGGACUGUUGUGGGAGGAUGAGUCAUUCCCUGCCACCAUGAACUCCUGCUUCCGCACCAGACGACCCCAGAGCGACUUCAAGUGGAUGCGACCCAAGGAGAUUAUUAGCAACCCGAAAAUGUUCUCAGAUGGUGCCAGUAGAUUUGACAUCACUCAGGGAAAACUAGGAGACUGUUGGCUUCUGGCGUCUCUGGCGUGUCUGUCGAUGCACGAGGACCUGUUCCACUGUGUGGUUCCAAAAGACCAGGACUUCUCAGACCCAGACUACUGUGGCUGCUUCCGCUUCUACUUCUGGGUCGACGGGAACUGGCAAGAGGUGCUAAUUGACGAUCGACUGCCGACGUUCAAGGGCAACCUGGUGUUUGUUCACUCGAGAGACAAGAAUGAGUUCUGGAGUGCCUUGGUGGAAAAAGCAUACGCCAAACUGUUCGGGUGCUAUGAGGCCCUGAUGGGGGGCUCGAUUGAGGAGGGGCUGGCUGACUUCACGGGGGGCAUCACAGAACAAGUGGAACUGCAUGGGGAGGGGGCGGAGCAGAGUAGUGUGGAUGAACUGUACACUAUAGUGAAGAAGGCAUUCAACAGGAGGUCGCUUAUGGGCUGCUCCAUACCGGUCAAUUCGAGACAGGAGAUGGAAUCCAAAUUGGACAAUGGACUCAUCAGAGGUCACGCAUAUAGCAUAACAGGACUGGUAGAGUUGGAGAGACGAACGGGGGGAGGGAGAGGGGGGAGGACAGAUGUGAAGUUGAUCAGGGUGCGCAACCCGUGGGGGGAGAAGGAGUGGACGGGGGCGUGGAGUGAUGCCUCCCCCGAGUGGAGGUCCAUUUCGGAGAGAGAGAAGCAACAGUUGGAUCUCGUGUCGGAUGAGGACGGCGAAUUCUGGAUGAGUUUCGAGGACUUCUGUCGCGAGUUCAAAAAUGUGGCGAUUUGUCAUCGGGAGCCGGGGGAGGAGGAGGCGGCAGGGAGGCGGGCAAGUGUGAAAAAACGCUGGUAUGUUGAGAGACACGACAACCAGUGGAACCAGUCCACUGCCGGGGGAUGCAGAAACUUCAAGGAAUCGUUCACGAAGAACCCCCAGUUCCGAGUGAAGUUGGUGGAUGUGGAUGAGGAGGACGAAGAUGACCUAUGUACUAUGGUGGUGUCACUCAUGCAGAAGAAGACGAGGGGGGUGGGGGUGAAGAAAAACUGCAUCGGAAUAGCCGUCUACAAGGUGGACGAUGACGCCCCUGAUGAGCUGGACUUGGACUACAUUCUGCACCAUAAACAGGUAGCCAAGAGUAAGACAUUCAUUGACAGUAGGGAGGCGGUGCUGAGGUGCAGACUACCCCCUGGAAACUACUGCAUAAUCCCCUCCACACACGAACCCAACAAGCACGGCAACUUCAUGCUCAGAAUAUACACUGAGAAACAGGCCACUUCCAAGGAAGUUGACGAUGACACGGGCGGGGCAAUCAACUUCGAGUCACAGGUGUUCACCAAUCACGAAUCGUCUGUGGGUGCGAAGAUGUUGGCCAUGUUUGAUCAGAUGGCCGGCGACGACAGACACUGCGAUGUGUGGGAACUCAAACAGAUAAUGGACAAGUGUGGAUACUUCAAAAAACUGGGUCAGUCGGAGUUCAGUCUGGAGACCUGUCGCAAUCUGGUGUCCCUGUUUGACCUGGACUACUCGGGAGCCCUGGACUCGGAGGAGUUCACUGAGAUGUGGAGAUUCAUCUGCAAAGUACAGGAAACCUUCAAAGAGUUUGAUGCCGACAGAUCAAACACUCUCAGUGCAUUUGAAUUACGUCCUGCCAUCAAAAGUCUAGGUGCGUCUCUGAGCAAAAAGAUCAUGGCGAAACUUGUGGUGAGAUAUGCGAACAAAGGGGGCGGCAUCUCCCUCAACGACUUCAUCGCCAUAGCCGCCAAAGUCGCCAGCUGUCUAGCGGCAUGUGCAGAGUAUGAUGUAGACAAGGACACCACAGCCGAAAUAUCGAUGAGUCAACUCAUAAACUUUGCCUUAUACGUGUAGAAGCAACACGAGAAACAUGCUCGUUUUGUUAAUCUUAAAUAAUGAUAGGCACGAAGCUUUAUAUGAAAAAUAUUUGUGAGCCAUAUUUUCUGGAUUUGAAAAUAUGAACUAUUUACGUUAAAUUCAACACAAACCAUUUUCAAUAUUUCGAACUCCAGUGAGACCUUCGUCG